AUGAGUGGUGCGUCUUUGCCCAGUGAACGCUUCUCCUUGGUCGCAUCCUUCUACGGCCCAGGAAACAUCGCCUCGUGGCUCUGCAUGGUGGUCUCCGUCCUGACCACUUGGUGCUUGAACACGGAGUAUCGUUGUAAAGAUAGCAUCAGCGCUGAUCUCGUUGUCGUUCUAGCAGUGCCAGGUGUUGCAGCAGGGCAUGCUAUCUACAGGCUUUUCUUUGGUAGUUCAAACCAUCAAUCGAUCCUGCAUCUGUUUACCAGCACAGAUUCAGAAGUAGUGAGGCAUGCGGCGGCUGCAGAGGCGGCGCUCGACGUAUGCGAAACAUUUUCUGCGAUAGCCGUCCUUCUGGUGUUCGUCUCCAUGUUCUUCGGUCAUCUGAAGCGUACACUAGCCGUUGUUGCUGUUGGCUUACUGGCCUUCUCGACUGAGGCAGUUGUGUUCACGCAGUUGAGGGGAGUCAGCGUAUCGGACACCAAUUUAACACGUCCGUUUCUCUUCAACUUCUUCGAGGUUAUGGUGUCGUUAGUGGUCUUUGUGGCAGUAUGGCUCACUGUCUUCAGUAUUCUUAUAAUGUGGCUACGCUUAGGCGUAGUCGAGGAACCCGAGGAACAAAUAGAGAUGGAGUCCGCCGAUAUCGAGCUCGAAAUAGAAGUGAGGGCGGCCCUGAGGGGACAGGCUUUGGAUGUAGAUUCGGCGGUGCGGUGGGAGAACCAACAACAAUCCGCCAUGGCACUCCAGCUCACCGAGGAAGAAGCCCGAGAUGGAAAUCCAAUGCGAUCUUUGACGCUGCUUUCGAUCUUCUUCCUCCCCUUCUCCUUUUUUGCUACUCUAGCCUCUACAAGCACGCCCUUUGGAGUGUUUGGAAGAACCAGUUUCACGCCAUCGCCGAACUCGAGUGCUACCGUCCUAUUCUUCGUUCCAAGAACCACGACUGAUAUUACAGAACUGGACCAGAUGGUGUCCCUCUGUAUUGGCAUCAUCACCCUUCUGUUCAGCCUUUGGGAAACGCUCAAAUCUCGAAAGAAGGAAGAGUCGAGGGCCCGGCAAAAGACCAGGCAGCAAGCAGCACACGAUCGGAGGAACUGGCGCCAAGGACGGUUGAAUGCAGGGCUUAGUCUCCUCCGGCAGGUAAAUGAUGAACUUGAUGAGACUUCGGACGCAACGCGAAGACAAGAGCUCUUGGAUAAGCGAAAUUUAAUAAUGGUCAAAUUGUUUAGGAUGGUGGGCUCGUAA